CAAAAUCACAACUCAAGAUUGUCAAACACACUAAGAGAGAAAGAUGGAUAACUUCUUUCUAGAUUUGGCUUGUCAAGAAGACGACAACUUCUGGGAUCUGCUCGGAGACAUCUCCGGUAACGAUGACAAAAGCGUCAGUGUGCCAAACAGAAGCGCCUUUAGGUCAUACGUGAAGGGCACAGAACAUAUGUUGAUGUCGCCGGGGAUAACUUCAUCGAAGGUGAACGUGAAGAAGAGAAUGGUGAAUCUUCUAAGAAAGAAUUGGGAGGAGAAGAAAAAUACGGUGGCGCCGGAGAAGGAAAGAUGCCGGCGACAUAUGUUGAAAGAGAGAACGAGAAGAGAGAAACAAAAACAGAGUUACUUAGCUCUCCACUCUCUACUACCAUAUGCCACUAAGAAUGACAAAAAUUCGAUUGUCGAAAAGGCCGUGGAUGAGAUUGGGAAAUUACAAAGAUUAAAGAAAGAACUAGAGAAAAGAAUUAAAGUGAUUGAGGAAAAAUUAACAAAGGAUGAUUGUGAUGAAAUGAGUGAAACAAAGGUUAGGUUUAAUCUACAAGAACCUUUGUCUGGACUCGAUUCUAUGCUUGAAGUUCUUCAUUAUCUUAAAUCAAUGGGAACAAAACUCAAAACAGUCCAUGCCAAUUUCUCUCCUCAAGAGUUUUCUGCGACCAUGAACAUAGAGACUCAGAUUAGAGGAGAAGAGGUUGAAAAGAGAGUGGAGAGAAGACUCCAGGAAAAUGAAUGGAAACUUCUCUUUCUCCCAGAAGCUUCCUGUUACAAAGACUAAUUGUGUUGACUUUUUGCCAUUAAUUUUCUUUUGUAUUUAAAUUUGUAGAUAUUAAAAAUUAAUUGGGCAA